CCCUGCGGCGCUCCGGACGCGAGGCGGACUCGGUCAUGCUGCGCGCGUGGAACUACCUCGGUGUGCGGCCCCCAGCCCCGCUGCUGCUACCCGCGCGGGGCCGCAAGACCCGUCACGACCCGCCGGCUAAGUCAAAGGUCGGGCGCGUGGCGACCCCGCCCGCGGUGGAUCCUACGGAGUUCUACGUGCUGACGGAGCGUUACCGGCAGUACCGCGAAACGGUGCGCGCUCUCAGGCUGGAGUUCGUGUCCGAGGUGCGGAGGAAGAUAAAGGAGGCCCGGACCGGGGUCCUGGCCGAACGCAAGGCGCUAGAGGACGCCACUGAACACCAGAACCUGAUGGCCUGGAAUCAGGCGGAGAACCAGCGGCUGCACGAGCUGCGGAUAGAGAGGCUGCGACAGGAGGCCCGGGAGCAGGAGCAGCGGCAGGAGGAGGAGAAGGCCCGUAAGGCCCAAGAGACACAGGCCUGGGUGCAGCUCAAGGAGCAAGAACUGCUGCAGCUGCAGGAGGAAGCAAAAAACUUCAUCACCCGAGAGAACCUGGAUGCUCGAAUAGAAGAAGCUCUGGACUCCCCUAAAAGCUACAACUGGGCCAUCACCAGGGAGGGGCUGGUGGUCAGGCCGCAGCACAAGGGCUCCUAAGGGCCCAUUAAGGACAGUGCCUGCACAGGGACUAUGUGUAGAGGCAUAUGAGGGUUGAGUCUGACCUGGAAUAAAACAGUGGUGUUUCUUAUGAAGAAGGAAGCUCAGCCUGUUGCAGUGUGGCCCUCCUGUUCUGGCCUCUGCAUCUACCGCUUAGUCGGAAACUCCCACACUCAGCGCCCUUUUCUGCCCCAUGUAAAACUGUUGGACCCUAGAGGUGUCCAUCUUACAGAGGAGCAGAGUGGACCAUAGUCUCCAGGUCAUCUCCUGAGUAUCAUCGAGGGCGGUCAGUGGUUGGCAGGUUAUAUAGCUCAUGGGCCAAAUCUGGCCUACUACAUGUUUUUGUAAAUAAAGUUUUACUGGAAUACA